ACGUCGUCGGCGCGGCAGCGUCCGCCCCCCUCCCAAGAUGGCGUCACUGCUGCAGUCGGAGCGAGUGCUGUACUUGGUGCGCGGCGAGAAAGAGAUGCGGGCUCCGCUGUCGCAGCUGUACUUCUGCCGCUACUGCAGCGAGCUCCGCUCUCUGGAGUGCGUCUCGCACGAGGUGGACUCUCACUACUGCCCCAGCUGCUUGGAAAACAUGCCUUCAGCUGAAGCCAAGCUCAAAAAGAAUAGGUGUGCCAACUGCUUUGACUGCCCCUGCUGCAUGCACACCCUUUCCACACGGGCCACAAGCAUUCCUGCUCCACUGCCUGAUGACCCAGCCAAGACUACCAUGAAGAAAGCUUAUUACCUGGCCUGUGGAUUCUGCCGCUGGACUUCCCGGGACGUGGGCAUGGCAGACAAGUCUGUUGCUAGCGGUGGCUGGCAGGAGCCGGAGAAUCCUCACGCACAGAGGAUCAACAAACUGGUUGAAUACUACCAGCAGUUGGCUCAGAAGGAGAAGAUUGAGCGGGACCGGAAGAAGCUGGCGCGCCGUCGGAACUACGUGCCCCUGGCCUAUUCGCAACACACUAUACACGUAGUGGACAAAUACGGCCUUGGCACCAGGCUUCAGCGGCAGAGGCCCGGAGCACCCAUCAGUGCCCUCGCUGGACUCUCCCUGAAGGAAGGAGAGGACCAGAAGGAGAUCAAGAUUGAGCCAGCUGAUGCAGUGGAAGAAGUGGAACCUCUUCCUGAGGAUUACUACACAAGACCAAUCAAUCUGACAGAAGUGACGACGCUGUGCCAGCGCCUGCUGCAGCCUGACUUCCAGCCCAUCUGCGCCUCCCAGCUCUACCCACGCCACAAGCACCUCCUCAUCAAACGCUCCCUGCGCUGCCGGAAAUGUGAGCAUAACCUGAGCAAACCAGAAUUCAAUCCAACAUCUAUCAAAUUCAAGAUCCAGCUGGUGGCUGUUAACUAUAUCCCUGAAGUCAGAAUCAUGUCUAUUCCCAACCUGCGCUACAUGAAGGAGAGCCAAGUCCUUCUGACUCUGACCAACCCAGUGGAGAACAUCACACAUGUCACACUGCUGGAGUGCGAGGAGGGAGACCCUGACAACAUCAACAGCACUGCCAAGGUGGCAGUUCCUCCCAAGGAGCUUAUUCUGGCUGGCAAAGAUGCUGCAGCAGAAUACGAUGAGCUGGCAGAGCCUCAAGACUUCCAGGAUGACCCUGACGUCAUCGCCUUCAGAAAAGCCAACAAGGUAGGAGUGUUCAUCAAGGUCACCCCCCAGAAAGAAGAGGGUGAGGUGACCGUGAGCUUCAAGAUGAAACACGAGUUCAAAAACCUGGCUGCUCCCAUCCGGCCCAGCGAGGAGGGCGAGCACCCCGCUGAGGUCAUCUGGCUCACCCAUCACGUGGAGCUCAGCCUGGGCCCGCUGCUCCCCUAAGCGCUCCCCGCGCUCCGGCCCCCAGGGCUGGCUGCAGGAUGGGCUGGCACAGCCAAGACAGCACCUGCUGGAACCUCCUGCCAGAGCUCCUUUGUGAUGUGUGGGUGUGUGCCACGGGCCGCCGGAGGCGGCUGAGGGUGCCGUGCUUCGGGAUGGUUUGUUCUCUCUCUUUGUCCUAGUGCCCACUAACUCCUGCUCUGCUUCCCCACGCUGCCACGGGCUAGUUUCACUUGCAGCACGUCUUCUGGCACACAGAAAGGUCUCCCUUUCUCCACAUCCUUACCACACCUGCCUGAAUUUGGUUUUGUCAACAGAAAAGAACCCAUAACUGGUUUACCUUCCUGCCAGCCCACAAACCUGAUGUCACACACAGGGUAGUGAACUACUUCCUUUUCACAAGGAGCUGUGCCCUUCCAGAACAAGCAGUCUGGGAGGUGGCCAUGGCUGCUGCCUUGUGGGCAGGCUGUUGGCAGCACCACGAUGCUUUCUCUUGGUUUUCUGCUUCCUCAUAGGAUACCUCAGCUGUGGGUGCUCAGGAUGUACGACCCUGCCCCUCUUGCUUAGCCGAGGUGACAGGUUCUCACACCUUUGUGUUCUCACAAAGGAAAUGAUCAGUUUGCCUUUAAACUCCAAAUGUAGUGUACUGUAGUGUUCCUGGGUUUGACUGGCAGCAGAGCCCACCCGUGUUUCAGGGCAACGUGGCUGCAUGAUGCAUUGUGAGCUGAGAGUUCAGGCUCUGCUACAGCUCUUGGCUGGGGCAGGGAUGCUCUGGAGAAGCUGCUUUGCAGUGCUCAGCUCAACUCACCUGUGUUGCUAGGGGUAGUGAUCAGAGUAUGAAACCUGGAAAGUUAAGAUUAGAUCUGGUAUACUUCAGGCUGUAGAGGCUGUUUAGGUUCAUUCUCUUUUUUCCAGGUAGGGUGGGUGGGAUGGGGCUGUAAAGGUGGAAAGACAGCUACAUGUUAACUGGCAUGCACUGUACCCUGUGGUGGUCUGUGCAGGGUGUAAGUUGCCUGUAGUCCAAACUAAAAUAAGUGAUUAAAAGCAGUGUAUCUAGGAUACUGAAUUACCAGUAACCACAUAGCUCAGUGCAAGCAGGCAAGAUCACUGUUCCUGCAGAGCAUUCCCAGUUCAGACAGUGACAUUUGUUAAGCAUUUCUGAUGGGCUUUGCUGUGCUGGGAAAGGUUUGAACCCCAGUCAGCCGUGGCCGUGCUGCUCAAAACAGCUGUGCCACAGUUCUGCCAGCCUGGAGCUGCGAAUCCUCUGCAGGGGCAGAUGGAAUAGGGCUGCCUGCUCUGCUCUUGGGGGUAGGUGAUGAUGCAGCACCCAAAAACAUGAGAAGCCUGCUGUGGUGUGCCCGGGGAGCACACGCCUUAAGCCCAGUCCUGCGGCAGGUCUCCCAAGCGGUGAGGCAUCACGUUUACAACCUCACGUAGGUUACACACAGAUGUACAGCAUGAGUUUGAGAGUUGUACUUCAUAGUUAAUGUCUAGUGCUAGUGCCUGCUGCAGCUUUGCCUGUCCAGAUAACACAGCACUUAACCUCUGGCUGUGACUUCUCUUCAGUAGCCAAACAGCUGCCACACUAAGAGGGCAGAGAGCCUUCCAGGGGUGCGCUGGUGGCUGUCCCCUGCACCGGGCCUGCUGUCUCUCACUGAAAACAAGGCAGCCAGUGACAUUUAUGGUGUUCUAAACAGUCUCUCUAGCCCGGUGAAUUGUUCCUCCCUCCCCCUAGGUGCUUGUAGGCGAUAGGAAAGGUGUCGGCGUGUCCCUGCUCUGUCCUCUAUCCAUGCUCCCUGGGGCGCUCGCCCCUUCCCGACUGUUGCCUUACUGCUUGACGUCGUGUAGUGACCUCCAAUAAAGCAAACGUGGCU